GAUAAUGAGUGAAGCACACUUCAAAUCGAUACGGAAAAAUGAGGUUCGGAAGAGCAUGAAGUACGAAAAUACGCAGCUGGAAAAAAAAAGUAACAAGGAUCUAAAGAAGCUGAAGAGGGAAGUUACAAGUUGCAUAAGUUGAAGAAAGAGAAGGAUGAGAAAUUUCGAAAGCUGAGGCAUGAGUUGUGAAAGCUACGAAGAAAAAAAGGACGAUGAAGAAGAUACGGUGCAAGCGUCGAAGGAGGGGAACGAUGAUAAGAAAGCACUCCAAUAGCUUAUCGGAGAGAAGGAUGGCAAACUACAAGAAAGUUAAGGGAGCAACUGUGAGGUAAGCUAAAGCAGUGCAGUACCAAUUCAAUGGCAAGACCACAUCUUCUCAGGUAAAUUGGAGGCUUAUCUUCUAAGUGAAAAACAAUAGGUGCCGCGAGAAACAUUUUAUAAGUUCAACGACAUGAUGACGAGAAAAUGGUGCCACAAAUAUGUCGCAAAAAACACCUGGUCGGACCAUUCCCUCUAACAUACUUCUCGUGUCCCAAAGGUUGUAGUAGUCCAGUACAAAGGUCAACUUUCGUCCCUGGUACCUACGUUCUGACAGUGAGCCGGAUCGCCGGGCCGCUCUAAAAUAAAAUAGAAAAUGUAAUCAGGAUGUUGAGCAUGAACUCUAAGCCCAGCCCACGAGCGAACGCAUCUCAAAUCUCAAUCCAACCGUUGGCCUACAGCAAAACAGGAUAAGGCAACCAAUUCCCUCGCGAUCUUCAUCUCUUCUCCCCCGCCAGGAGGAAGGAAUGGCGUCCUCUUCCUCUUCCACCUCCUGCUCCUCCCUCUUCCGUCUAGCUCAUCUCACCGGAUUGGACCGCCGACCAUUUACUUCUACCGAUGGCAAAUCCUAUGUUCCCCUGGUAAGGCAGAACUCUAAUCCCAGCCGCAGGUUGUUGUUUUCAACACCGUCGAAAAAAUCCGGCCACCAAUUCCGGCCUACAUGGUCGUCUACCCGACAAUUGACUCCCUCGGCGGCGAUACUCAACGCGGAGCACUCGCAACCCGACCCGACAUUUCCCGGAGACACUGCGGACCUCCACCUGGGAACAUGGAUGGUUGCGGCCGACAUAGACCCAGCCACGGCGAAAGUGGCGAUUGGCGUUUUGGGACCGUUCCUUUCGGCAUUCGCGUUUCUCUUCAUUAUCAGGAUCGUCAUGUCCUGGUACCCGAAGCUCCCCGUCGGCAAGUUCCCUUACGUCGUUGCCUAUGCUCCCACCGAGCCCAUUCUGGCCGUGACUCGCAAAGUCAUCCCGCCGCUCGCCGGAGUCGAUGUCACUCCGGUCGUUUGGUUCGGGCUCGUCAGCUUUCUCAACGAAAUACUGGUUGGUCCACAGGGGCUUCUGGUCCUCAUUUCGCAACAGGUUAACCGAUGAUGUGGUCGGAAUUUGGUUACAGGCGCAAAAGCAAACAGUUUUGGGUUCUACUCAAGUUUGGUAAAGGUUGAAGUCUUGGAGAUAUAUGUAAAACUCAAGAGUUUGGUAAAACGUUGUUGGGGUCUUGGAGUAUAUGUACAACCUAUUGCGACGAUGAGAAAGUUCACUGUCGAUCAGAGAUCCAACCUAUUCCGAUCUGUCUAUCAUGGAUAGAAUGUGGUUGCGUCGUAAAUAUUGAGAUACACGACUCACCCCUUAACAUUCCUAGGAGCUAUGCCGUUAGAACACUCAGAUUUCAACUAGCAGGAACCAUUCAUACACUAGAUUUGAUCAUAUGUUAAUCAGGCAAGACCUUAUGUUUCGCAUUAUCCAGUUAUCCUCCUAUCUAUAGUAACUUCCGAAAUGAACAUUGCAAACAAAA